UCCCAUGAUCCUCUUCGAGAAGAAAAGGGUCCUUCUAUAUUCUUGUGUUCCUGAAGAGUACCGGUGUCAUAACUAACGCCGAAGCCGCGCAAUAUUUACUCUUUAUUCGUCGUGCGCAUUUAAUGGGCUUGGCUUCGGGUGAACGCAUACCAUUUCUAUAUCGUCCCUAUUAAACCUCCUUUUAUAGGUUCCUGUUCCCUUCACGAUGUCGUUCCCUCCUCCGCUCAACCGCCAGCCGCUGAGCAUCCCCCAGCUGCCCCCCGGCCUCCCUCCGCCCCAAUUCGGCACCUUCGGUCCGCCCGUCCCACCAGGUACUCCCAUGAUACCAGUUCACAUGGGUGUCGUGACCCCCUCUCCCUCAGUUCUUGUCCCAACCACAGUUUCUGUUGCACAGAAGCCGAUGCUCUCAAACAAGGUCCCUUUCCGAGCCAAGGAACCCGAGGACGGCCCCACCACCACAGUGUUUGUGGGCAACAUCUCCGAGAAGGCGUCCGACAUGCUUGUCAGACAGUUGCUGGCGAAAUGUGGUAUUGUUCUAAGCUGGAAACGAGUCCAAGGUGCCUUAGGAAAACUUCAAGCAUUUGGCUUCUGUGAGUAUAAGGAACCCGAAUCAACAUUGCGAGCCCUACGAAUGCUCCAUGAGCUGAUGCUCGGUGACAAGAAACUGCUGGUCAAGGUGGACACAAAGACCAAGGCGCAGCUGGAUGAGUGGAAAGCCAAAAAAAAGAGCGCCAAUGGCGGGGAAAGCAGCGACGGUAAGAACGAGGAGGAGGAUGAGGUUCUGGACGAAGAGACGCUGCGUCGCGAUCAGGCGGCGAAGGGAGCCAUCGAAGUCCUCAUCCGGGAAUAUUCCAGCGAGCUCAAUGCAAACUCUGCAGACGGCAACGGAAACCUCCGCAAGAAAAGGAAAGACAAGAAAGAUGAGGACGACAUCAACGCCAUGGAGUUAGAAGACGACAAGAGGGACUUGAUUUCCAGAGAGAUCAGCAAAUUUCGUGACACACACAUGAAAUUGGAGGAAGAGAAAGGCAAGAAAGAGAAGGAGCGGCAGGAGCUGGAAAAGGAGAGGCGCGAGAAGGACAAGGAGCGAGAGCGUGAGAGGGAGCGUCGUGACAGGGAGAAAGAGAAAGAACGUGAACGGGACCGAGAACGGGACCGUGACAGGGAGCGGGAACGUGAACGUGAGCGCGACCGGGAACGAGAACGCGAAAGGACGAGAGAGCGCGAGAGAGAGAAGAGUCGAGACAUCAGCGAAGCCCGCAGCCGCUCCAGAGAGAGGACCAGAGAUGACAAAAAACGCGACCGUGAUGAAGAUGAUGAGGACAUGUACGAGCGCAAAAAACUGGAGCGGAGACUCCGAGAUAAGGAGGCAGCCUACCAAGAGCGACUGAAAUAUUGGGAAAUGCGGGAGAGGAAGAAAUCUCGCGACUACAGCAAGGAAAUGGAACGGGAGGAAGAGCGGAGCCGCGAGACUAUGAAAGAAGCGAAAAGACUAAAAGAAUUUCUUGAGGACUAUGACGACGACCGGGAUGAUCCCAAAUACUACAGGGGCAGUGCCCUGCAGAAGCGACUCCGUGACCGGGAAAAGGAGACUGAGAUGGACGAGCGGGACCGUAAACGGGAAAAGGAAGAACUAGAGGAAAUCCGACAGAGGCUGCUGGCUGAGGGUCACCCUGACCCGGAUGCUGAAAUGCAAAGGAUGGAGGAAGAGGCAGAGCGCAGACGGAAACAUCCUCCAAAGCUGGAAGCUGAGAAAGUGAAGCAGGAGAAAAAGGAACGAGAGUCCCACAGAGAGUCCCAUCGGGAGUCCCACCGGGAAUCCCAUCGGGAGUCCUACAGAGAAUCACACAGGGAAUCCCACAGAGAAUCCCAUCGAGAGUCGUACAGAGAAUCCCACAGAGAGUCCCACACUGAAUCCCAUAAAGAAUCCCACCGGGAUCGGGAGAAGAGAGGGUCAGCAAAGCCCGCCGAGCCGACGCCUCGAGAGUCUCCGCCACAUUCAGAAGAGGAGGACGUGGACAAAGUAGAGGAGCAGCAUGGACAGCAGAGACGGGAAGCGGAAGAGGAGGACGAGCGGGAGAUGGAACAACAACAACAACAACAGCAGCAGCAGCAGCAGCAACCUCAACUACAGCAACAGCAUCAUGUCACCCACAAUGGUGGGGAUUCGCCUGAGGCUAGGCUGCACCUCAAAGCCCACAUGCGACCAAUCAACACCGCUCCCUCUGUGUCCUCUGCCAGCGGGAAUGCCACGCCUAACACGCCUGGCAACGACUCCCCGCGCGGCAUCAUCAUUCCAGGCGAGCCAACGCCUGAGGUGCAGCCUCUCGAGGAGAACCGGCCCAAGAUCGAGCUCAGUCUCAAGCUUGGUUCCACUAACAGCCCCAGCCAGCUCCACGCCGCCAAGCGCAAAAAGUUGGCGCCCGUCGACAGCGUCUUCAACAAGUUCAACGAUGAUGAGGAGGCUGAUGAACAGCCUCGCAAGAGGAAGUUAGUACCGCUGGACUACGGCGAUGACGAAAAGAGUUUGGGACUGGACGGCGCAGACAUGUCGGGCGGCAAAAGCGGCAUCAACACCGAGGAGAAGCGCAAGAACAUCCGAAGCCUGAUCGAGAAGAUUCCCACUGCCCGGCCCGAGCUUUUCACGUACCCGUUGGACUGGUCCAUGGUGGAUUCGACGCUGAUGGACCGCCGCAUUAAACCGUGGAUAAACAAGAAAAUCAUUGAAUACAUUGGCGAGGAGGAAGCAACGCUGGUUGACUUCGUCUGUUCAAAGGUGAUGGCGCACAGCACUCCUCAGGGUAUUCUCGAUGACGUCGCCAUGGUUCUCGAUGAGGAAGCAGAAGUGUUCAUAGUCAAAAUGUGGCGAUUGUUAAUAUAUGAAACAGAAGCCAAGAAGAUCGGACUGGCCAAAUAAACAUUUUCUCGGACCGCUUAGCUCAUAGUUCCUGCUCAACAGCCCCGGACGCUGCGACCCCGGAAAGAUAUGAUGACAUCACGAUAUUGCAUGAAGAAACGUUAAGUUGUAUUUUUGUUGAGUUAAAAAAAAAAACACACAAUUGUAUUUUACCAUGUUCUCUAGUAAAUCAAGUUAUGUUGAAGCACUGUUCAACUGUGUGACCUAAUAAAUACUGUCAACUUUUUUAAGGACAUGCGUCUGUUGU